AUGUCGACCCGUCUGCCCUGUGCACACUCCUCGGCUCGGUCCCUGCACAUCUCCACCCUGGGUUCUAAUUGGGACACUGUGCUGGCGGCCAUCCUCCAGGCCACUGUGGGCUACCCCCUGGCCAUGGCCCAGGACAUUGUCAAGGAGGGCACCCCCCAAAGCCCGGUGGACACCACCCUCCUGGCCAUGGCCCAGCACACCCUCCUGGCCCACACCCUCCUCAUGGCCAUGGACCUCCCCACCACCACCACCACCACCAUGGUCCACACCAUUGAGGAGACAGAAGCAAACAAGCCAGAAGAGGAGGCACCUGAGCAGAUCAACCCACGGGGCUGCUGCGAGGCUCUGAGUGAGGCCCGGGGCCCACAGCCCAAGCCAGAGCAGCUGGGCGGGGGCGCCCACCGCGCCAGCGCCGCGGGCCCCCUGACAGCCGGGCUGCAGCAGCGCCAGGCGCCGCCCCUCUGGGCAGCUGCGCCCGGCCCCGGCGCCACGCGCAUUGCUGACGCCUGCGCACGAGUUCGCCGCCACCACCGCCGCUGCUGCCGCCGCCGCUUCAGCACCAGCGCCCGGACAGCGGCGCCGCCCACGGGCAUGGACCGCGGUCGGUGCAACAGCGGCGGCAGCGGACGGGCUUCAGGCCCGGGUCCGGAAGGGAAGCAGCGGCCCGAGGAGGAACGCUUGGCUCCAGACGGCAGCUCCCCGGACAGGUCCCAGAUCAAAGCUGUAGCCCCUGAAGCAAGCCCAGAGAGAAGCUGUUCCCUCCACAGCUGCCCCCUGGAGGACCCCUCCAAUUCCUCAGGACCCCCACAUGCCAAUUCCAUCUUCCAGCCUGUGGGUCCAGCCGGCCCCUUGGCCCCUGCCCACUUUGCCUAUCCCCAGGUGCCACAGGACUACCAGGGGGGCAGUUCUCUGCUAGGCCCGGGUGACAAGACAGCUCUCUGCUCCCAUGGCUGCAGCUUCAGCCACUCCCCUGUUCCCUCCCAGCUCGAUGGGGCCUGGAAACCACCCUUGCAACACCAUGUGGUCACCGUCAGGCAGGAACAGGCCUUCCAGAUGCCAAAGAGCUACUCCCAGCUGAUUGCCGAGUGGCCAGUGGCCAUGCUGCUGCUGUGCCUGGCCGUCAUCCUCUUCUGCACCAUGGCUGGACUGCUGGGGAGCCGGCCGCCCGACUUCUCCGACCCCCUGCUGGGCUUUGAGCCUAGGGACACCGACAUUGGUCGUAAGCUGAUGGUCUGGAGAGCACUGCAGGCCCUCACAGGUCCCAGGAAGCUGCUUUCCUUUUCCCCAGACCUGGAGCAGAACAGCUCCAACUCCCAUGGCACUCGGGGCCCCACACCCGGAGUUAUUGCCCAGGCGAACAUCGUGCGCUCUCGGAGGAUGGUGGAACCCCCAGAGGAGAGGCAGGAGGAGAGCUUCUUCUGUGGCCCUCCGGAGAAGAGCUAUGCAAAGCUGGUAUUCAUGUCCACCUCAUCGGGCAGCCUGUGGAACGUGCACGCCAUUCAUUCUAUGUGUCGCAUGGAACAGGACCAGAUCCGCUCCCACACCCGCUUUGGGGCUCUGUGCCAGCGGACAGCAGCCAAUGAGUGCUGUCCCAGCUGGUCUCUGGGCAACUACGUGGCCGUGCUCUCCAACCGCUCUUCCUGCCUGGACACCACUGAAGCGGACACGGCCCGUAUCCUGCUCCUGCUGCGGGCCUGUGCCCUCCACUACCACCGGGGAACCUUAGUGCCCUCCUGUCUGGGCCCUAGGCAUGCCCGCUCCCCAGGCUGCGCCCAGGUUCCCCCAAAGUGCACACAGAGCAGCGCCAUCUACCAACUCCUGCACUUUCUGCUAGAUCGAGACUUCCUGAGUCCCCAGACUGCCGACUAUCAGGUACCCUCCCUCAAGUACAGCCUGCUCUUCCUGCCCACCCAGAAGGGGGCCUCCAUGAUGGACAUCUACCUGGACGGCCUGCUCACGCCCUUGGCGAUUUCUGACAACUACACGUCCAUCACAGGCAUGGACCUGGGUCUUAAGCAGGCGCUGCUUAAGCACUACUUGGCCCAGGACACAGUGUACCCUGUGCUGUCCCUGGCUGCCAUCUUCUUCGGCGUUGCUCUUUACCUGCGUUCGCUGUUUGUCACACUCAUGGUGCUGCUGGGGGUGCUGGGCUCCCUGCUGGUGGCCUUCUUCCUUUACCACGUGGCCUUCCGCAUGGCUUACUUUCCCUUCGUCAACCUAGCAGCCCUGAUCCUGCUUAGCGGCGUAUGCGCCAACCACACACUCAUCUUCUUUGACCUGUGGCGCCUCAGCAAGAAUCAGCUGCCCUCUGGGGGGCUGGCCCAGCGCGUGGCCCGCACCAUGCACCACUUCGGCUACCUGUUGCUGGUCUCCGGCCUCACCACUAGCGCGGCCUUCUACGCCAGCUACUUGAGCCACCUGCCAGCCGUGCGCUGCUUCGCCCUCUUCAUGGGCACAGCUGUGCUGGCACACGUGGCACUCACGCUGGCCUGGCUGCCCGCCUCCGCCGUGAUCCACGAGCGCUAUGUGGCGCGCGGCUGUGCGCCCCAGGGCCCGUGGGGCCGCAGCGCGCCUGGGCGCCUGGUGCUGGCAUUGCACCGGCGGCUCCGCGGCCUGCGCAAGGCAGUCGCCAUGGGCUCGCGCUUGCUCUUCCAACGCCUGCUGCCCUGUGGCGUCAUCAAGUUCCGCUACAUCUGGAUCUGCUGGUUUGCCGCGCUGGCAGCAGGGGGCGCCUACAUCGGCGGCGUCAGCCCGCGCCUGCAGCUGCCCAUUCUGUCACCACCCAGUGGCCAGGUCUUCCGGCCCAGCCACCCCUUUGAGCGCUUCGACGCCGAGUACCGCCAACAGUUCCUGUUCGAGCAGCCCGCAGAGGGCAAAGGUGGCCGCAUGCCCGUUGUUUUGGUGUGGGGCGUCCUGCCCGUGGACACAGGCGACCCACUAGACCCUCGCAGCAACAGCUCCCUGCUGAGUGACCCUACCUUCUCGGCCACCGGCCCCGAUGCCCAGCGCUGGCUGCUGGCCCUCUGUCACAGUGCACGGAACCAGAGCUUCUUCGGCCCGCAGCCCGGAAGCUGGCCCACUGUGUGCUUCGUGGAGGCCCUGCAGCGCUGGAUGGAGAGCCCUGGCUGCGCCCGGCUGGGGCCCGACCUCUGCUGUGGCCAGUCCAGCCUGCCCUGGGCCCCGCAGCUCUUUCUGCACUGCCUCAAGAUGAUGGCUCUGGAGCAAGGCCCUAAUGGCACCCGCGACCUGGGACCUCGUUUUGACGCGCACGGGGGCUUGACUGCUCUGGUCCUACAGUUCCAGAGCAACUUUGAAUACAGCCCAGACUACAGCCAGAUUCACCACUUCUACACCGAGGUCAGCCGCUGGCUGGCCCUGGAACUGGGCCUGGCCCCUCCCGGCCUCCGUGGCGGAUGGUUUACCAGCCACUUGGAACUGUUCAGCCUGCAGCACAGCCUGACCACAGAACCGGCUGUGGUGCUGGGCCUGGCCCUGGCACUCGCCUUCGCCACCAUGCUGCUGGGCACCUGGAACGUCCCGCUGAGCCUGUUCUCCGUGGCAGCCGUGGCUGGCACAGUGCUGCUCACCGUGGGGCUGCUGGUCCUGCUUGAGUGGCAGCUUAACACUGCCGAGGCCCUCUUCCUCUCGGCAUCCGUGGGCCUCUCAGUCGACUUCACUGUCAACUACUGCAUCUCUUACCACCUGUGCCCACACCCUGACCGCCUGAGCCGCGUGGCCUUCUCGUUGCGUCAGACCAGCCGCGCCACUGCCGCGGGCACUGCGGCCCUGUUUGCAGCCGGCGUGCUCAUGCUGCCGGCCACGGUGCUGCUCUACCGCAAGCUGGGCAUCAUCCUCAUGAUGGUCAAGUGUGUCAGCUGCGGCUUCGCCAGCUUCUUCUUCCAGUCCCUGUGCUGUUUCUUUGGGCCCGAGAAGAACUGUGGGCAGAUCCUCUGGCCCUGUGCCCACUUGCCAUGGGACAUUGGAACCGGGGAUCCUGCUGGGGAGAAGUCGGGCCACCCUCGCCAGGGCUCAGUGGGAGGGGGGUCCGGGUCCUGCUCAGACCACUACGAGCUGCAGCCUCUGGCCCGGCGCCGCAGCCCCAGCUUUGACACCAGCACGGCCACCAGCAAGUUGUCCCACCGGCCCUCGGUGCUCUCAGAGGACCUGCCACUACAUGAUGGCUCCUGCUGCUCCCGGCCCCUGCCAGCCCCUGUCUCCCCCAGGGAGCUGCUGCUGGACCACCAGGCAGUCUUCAGCCAGUGCCCAGCCCUGCAGACCUCCUCCCCCUACAAGCAGACCGGCCCUGGCCCCCAGCCCCCAGCCAGGCCAGAGUGCCAAGGGCAGAAAGAUGAGCCCCUGCAGGAACCCCCAGAAGCCCCACCCCAACCCCCCAAACCCAAGGCUGAGGAGCUCCCUGAUGGCCUCUGUUCCUCAGCCAGCACCCUGGAGGGGCUCAGCGUCUCUGAUGAGACCUGCCUUAGCACCUCGGAGCCCAGCGCUCGUGUGCCAGAUUCUAUGGGUGCCUCCCCAGACGACCUGGAUGACACUGAGCAGCCGGUCCCUGAGCGGGGCCAGCUCAAUGGGAAGCGGGACACCCUGUGGCUGGCCCUGAGGGAGACGGUAUACGACCCGUCACUGCCCGCCUCCCACCAGAGCAGCACAUCCUGGAAGGGUCGGGGUGGGCUGGGAGAUGACAGCCCUGUGGUGUUGCCCAACAGCCAACCUGAUCUGCCUGAUGUUUGGCUACGCAGACCCAGCAGCCACACCUCGGGCUACAGCAGCUAA